CAAUAUCUUUCUAAUGACUCAUUUAAUACUUUUUUUCAUUCGUGUUCAUUUUUUUUCCAAUUCUUCGGUUGACAUAGAAUAAUGAAGUUCUUUGUCUAUUGUUAGCAAUAGACAAUAGAAGUUAAGAAAUGGAGCAAUAGGAUGUACACCCUUCCAAGUCUGUACAGGCAUAGUAAUCUGUUUUGGUCUUCUUGUUUUUGAAAGUUAAAUCAAUAUUUAUCUUCUACUAUAGGUUUUAUUUUUUAAUACGUACUGCGAAAUUUUAACUAUUCUAGUAGGAUUUUUGUGGAUAAUAUUUUUUGACCGAACGUGACUAGAUUUUUUGAUAAAUCUUUUCUAAAAAAUGCCGAAUAUUCACACAUCAAAUCAAGUGGCUUUCAUAAGCGCUACAAGUACCCUUUUAGGGCUGGUCAUUGGAUCUGGGUGCAUUUUGAGCAUAUUUACGAAGUCUAGAGCCAGUGCUUUUGUCGCGAUAUUGGGGCUAUUUCAUGAAUUAGAAUUUUAUAUAACAGCACAGUUUCAAGGACCUCAGUUGUCUUGGGACUCUUUUGUUUUGAACAAUGGGGUAGCGUAUUGGAUUGCCAUGUCAAUAGGUGCAUUAGAAUACCACUUCACUGAUGGAUCGAGCAGCUCAAAAAUUCUAUCCUGGCUCCAUUUCCCUCCAUGGGUCCUGUUGUGCGUUCACUGGGUAUACACAAGUUUAGCAAUUCUCUUGAUUGUUUCGGGACAGUUACUUCGAUCAUUUGCAAUGGUACACGCUGGUAAAUCAUUUUCGCAUCACGUUGCUAGUGAGAAGAGACAGGAGCACAGUCUUGUUAAAUCAGGUGUCUAUCAUUAUGUUCGUCAUCCGUCAUAUGUUGGAUUUUUUGCUUGGGCUUUAGGAACGCAGCUCCUUUUACAGAAUGUUUUCUCUCUGGUUGCUUUCACUAUAGUACUGUGGGACUUUUUCAGCAAACGAAUUGUUGCAGAAGAGAUGUAUUUGGUCAAAUUUUUCGAUGAAGACUACAAGGACUAUCGCAAAAACACUCCUUCUGGGAUCCCUUUUGUUCCUUAAUAGUGUUUAUCUAGUCCUUCUUUUACCCCAUUUUAGGUUGUCGAGUUCAGUGAGUGAAUUCUUUUGCCAUGUGCUAACACGAGCUUUUUAAAAAUAGAAUAUUUAUGGAAUAAUUCACAGUUAUAAAUAGUCUUUUAUUUUAUUAUAUUUUUUCUACCGUUCCUAUCUUAAAAUUAGUUAGGUUUCCUUGAUCAUCUUCAGUAGCUCUAAGGCUAUAUAUUUCUCUCUCUUUAUAUCCUUUUCAAUCUAAUUCCUUUGGUUAACAAAAUAAAAAACAUAUCUUGCA